AUGUCUCUUGAGAGGCCUUCAGCAGAACGCACCUCGGAACUUGUCGAAUCGUUAGCCGAAAUCAGGGCAAGAGUUCAAGCUGCCUCAUCGAGUUCACCAGGCCACACACCAACACUCGUAGCAGUCUCCAAGAUUAAACCCGCAAGCGACAUUCUUGCAUGUUACGAAGCGGGUCAGCUCGAUUUCGGAGAGAAUUACGUGCAAGAGCUGGAAGAGAAAGCCCGUGUACUACCUGCGGACAUCCGGUGGCAUUUUAUUGGUACACUACAAUCGAAUAAAGCGAAAACACUCGCUUCAAUACCCAACCUACACGCAGUCCAAACCCUAAACUCAACGAAAGCCGCCAGCGCACUGAACAAGGCCCUCCCCUCUGACCGGCCCUACCCCCUGCGCGUUUUUAUUCAAGUAAACACCUCAGGGGAAACCUCCAAAUCUGGGCUUGACACCCUCUCGUCGGCAUCAGACCUCGAUUCAUCCGAGCUCGCUCAGUUGGCUAGAUACGUGCUCACCGAAUGCCCGAAGCUCCGGCUGGAAGGGCUGAUGACGAUAGGCGCGCUGGAACUUUCGUUGAGUGCUUCUGAAGUGGAGAAGAAUGCCGAUUUUGAGAGGUUGAAGGAGACGAGAGACGUGUUGGAUGGGUAUUUGGGAGGGUUGAGUGGGGAUGGGGAGAAGAGUUGGGGGAGGCAAGGGUGGGGUGGGUUGACGUUGAGUAUGGGGAUGUCUAGUGAUUUUGAGGCGGCUUUGAAGGCUGGGAGUGAUAUUGUACGAGUGGGGACUGGGAUAUUUGGACAGAGAGUGAAGAAAUCGACAUAA